AUGCCUUCACUCUUUUCCUCACCCGCCGUCAUCUUCUCUCUGGCCGCUCUCAUGCGAGUUGGCCUGCUCUUCUAUGGCCUCUACCAAGACAACCACUCAGCCAUGAAGUACACUGACAUCGACUACAUGGUCUUCACCGAUGCCUCCCACUUUAUGGCCGAGGGCCAAUCCCCAUAUCUGCGGGACACCUAUCGCUACACGCCCCUUUUAGCCUGGUUCCUGAUCCCGACAACAUGGGAACCGAAUUGGCUGUGGUUCUCUUUCGGAAAAGUGCUAUUCGCCAUUGCGGACCUGGUGACUGGCUGGCUUUUGUUACUUGUCCUUCGAACGGAGUUUCCUGGGAUGAGUGAAAAGGCGCGGUUGAGUACUCGCGGAAGCUCCGAGGGGUUGUUAGGUGUUAUGGUCAUCGCGCUUUUGUGGGCUGUGCUCAAUCGACACAUCGUCUUUGCGAGUGUCCUUUUGGGCUUGGGGGUGCAUUUCAAAAUCUAUCCAUUCAUUUAUGCACCGAGUAUUAUCUGGUUUCUUUCUGCUACGAAUACACCUUCAACAAGCCUGGUUAAGAGACUACUCAAUUUCAUCACUUUUGAACGUGUCAAAGUCACGGUCAUCUCGCUGCUCAUAUUCAUCGGGUUGAAUGUCUGGAUGUAUUCACUUUAUGGCCACUCAUUCCUUCAGCAUACAUACUUCCACCAUGUUACCAGAAUCGACCAUCGCCACAACUUCUCUCCUUACAACACCUUACUUUACCUCUCCGCCGCUACAGAUGAUAUCGACGCCGCAAGCCGAGGUAUCAAAUUCGAAUCCGUCGCAUUCCUGCCACAGCUUUUCCUCUCUGCGUUUGCGAUUCCAUUGGCUCUCGCGAAGAAGUCGUUACCUGGGGCUAUGCUAGCGCAAACAUUUGCGUUUGUUACUUUUAAUAAAGUUUGUACGAGUCAGUAUUUCCUGUGGUAUCUAGUCUUCCUACCGCUCUAUCUUCCCUCAUCGUCAUUUAUGAGUAACCCCAUCCUCGGCAUCGGGGCGUUGAUCAUGUGGAUACUAUCUCAGGCAUUCUGGCUCCAUCAAGGCUUCCAACUUGAGUUCAUGGGCCUCUCAACUUUCUUACCUGGACUAUGGCUCGCUAGCCUGGGAUUCUUCAUUGUGAACUGUUGGAUUUUGGGUAUCAUCGUCUCUGAUGUUGGAAAAUGGCCGGCGAAAGCGUUGCAGACGAAAAGAGAAGAUGCUCGGACUGUAACACAGAAGGACAAAUGA